AUGGACAACGCCCCCCCGCGCCCGCCUCGCCCGCCCGCCAGCCCCCCCAAGGUCGCCCAGCCAAAGCCCCAGGCCCUGCCCUCGCGCUCUGGCCCCAGCUCCAUCCUGGUCUCGCCCAGGCAGAAGGGCAACCCCAUCCUCAGCAGCGUGCGCGCCGUCGCCUGGGAGUACUCGGACAUCCCCGCCGACUAUGUCGUCGGCGCCACCACGUGCGCCCUGUUUCUCUCGCUCAAGUACCAUCGCCUGCAUCCCGAGUACAUCUACAACCGCAUCCGCGACCUCAAGGGCCAGUACACGCUCCGCAUCCUGCUCACCAUGGUCGACAUCGAGAACCACGAAGACCCCCUGAGAGAGCUGUCCAAGACGUCCCUCGUCAACAACGUCACCGUCAUGCUGUGCUGGAGCGCCCAAGAGGCCGGCCGCUAUCUGGAGCUCUUCAAGACGUUUGAGAAUGCCGCCCCGACGAGCAUCCGCGCCCAGCAAGCCGGCACCUAUUCCGAGAGCAUGGUCGACUUCAUCACUGUGCCGCGCAGCAUCAACAAGACCGACGCUGUCGGCUUGGUCUCCAACUUUGGGAGCAUCCGCACGGCAAUCAACGCCUCCCCGGAGGAAAUCGGGCUGAUUGCUGGCUGGGGUGACAAGAAGGUGCAGCGAUGGUGUAAUGCUGUGCGCGAGCCGUUUCGAGUGCAGAAGGCGGCAAGGCGCGGCCUUGUAGAAGAGUCCCGCAACAUGCCCGUGGCAGAAGGUGAAGACCAGGCGCCUACCGCAACACAUGCUGGUGACACAGCACACCAACGGGUAGACGACGCCAUACCUCUUGCGAAGGAGCUGGAGAGAUCUGCUCCUUUCGCACCCUCUGGCUCAGACGCGGAUAAGCGACCUGAGCAUCGUCCUGCUGAAUACCUCAACGAAGACGACGAGCAGGCAAUGCGCGAAGCCGAGAUGAGUGGUGACUUGGAGGCUAAUUCGGCCCAGUCACCACUCGCAAAGCCCGCCAAGAGGAAACAACCAGAUGAACAAAUCAGUGAAGGUGUCAUGGCAGCACUCAAUGAACUGAGGAAACAAUAGAUCAUAUAGCAUUUGACGAAACACGCCC